UGCAGAUCAGCUUGCUUUCUCAGCCUCCAGCACCACUAUCACUGACAGGAUGGCACACCCGGACUGGACACGUCUCUUCCAGAUUACAACAAAGAAUCUCAAACAAGGAGACUCCUGGCUUCUGGAGUUUGAUGAAAAUCUUCUGCAUAACAGACAAAAACCGGGCUGGAAGAAGUGUAUGGUGAACACCAGUGCAAGGUUCCGUUGCACCGAGUGUGGAAGAGGCUGGUCUUCUAACAUGGUGAGGGUGGUCUGCCACAUGCGCCUGGCGUACGGGAAGGGCGUGGUCAAAGUGAGGCCCUCCCGUCAGAACUGCAAGGUGUGCGAGGAAGGUCCAAUGGAGGAGCCCAGCAUCACGUCCGAGAACAUCGAAACCCUCCUGAAGAAUCUGGUGGAGAAGAUAAGAAUGAAAUGCUACAAUGAAGACCUGGGCAGAAAGAAGGAGCAUUUUAGAAGCUUCGAUGGCAAACGUCCCCAUGAGCCUGCUCACUGUGAGGCCUGUAUGCAAGGCAUCUGUCCAAAGCGUUGAGCUUGUGUUGCUUAUACAGUAAGUCAGCUUUUUACAUAUAUAUAUAUAUAUAUAUGUUUUAUGCUUAAGCUCAUAUUAGCUCAUAUUUCCCACCUGUCAUUCUGUUACAUUGUGUUACACUGUUACAUGACAAAACUGUCAUGGCCAUUUUCAAAGGGGUCCCUUGACCUCUGACCUCCAGAUAUGUGAAAGUAAAUGGGUUCUAUGGGUACCCACAAGUCUCCCCUUUACAGACAUGACCACUUUAUGAUAAUCACAUGCAGUUUGGGGCAAGUCACAGUCAGUCAGCAGACUGACACACUGACAGCUGUUGUUGCCUGUUGGGCUGCAGUUUGUCUUGUUAUGAUUGGAGCAUAUUUUUAUAAUAAUAAAUGCAGUAAUGUUUUAUGCUUAAGCUCAUAUCAGCUCAUAUUUCCCACCUGUCAUUCUGUUACAUAGUGUUGCAUGUAAACUUUCAUAUGUAUUCUUGUUGGUUUCUUGUUCAUACAUGCAAUAAACUAAAUGCUACUGUGAUCUGUA